UACCACUCUCGCACAGGCGCACUCUCAUCUACCCCAUUUUCUCGGCUUGUAUUUCUUCUCAGCUUCUUUCGAUGUGUUUUUGGGCUUAGAGCUGAUUUAUGUAGAAACGAAGCGAUGGAUGAAGGGAGUUCAUAAUCAUCUGAGAGCUUGAUUUUGGAUCCUUUGGAGUGGGAAUAUUUACUUGAAGUGAUUGAAGAAGUUGUACAUCAAGGUACAAUGAACAAACUGCUAGUGUUUUAUGGUGAUGGCAUCGUACGUGAUGGCCCUUCCGGGCUUGAUGUGUGGCAGUGCCAGCACAAGCUUCUUACCAUAGAAGACAUUGUCAACACGAGUUUCUUGGACGUUACAAACUGCAUCAAGGUUGAGUUUGGUUCUGAGAUGGCAUCGAAGAAGUUGAUCGUUGAAGCAUUGAUAGUCCUGCGGGUUCAAGAAGGGUCCUUGCCGCGUUGGGGGCUACGACAGGUUAAAAGUGAAAGUAACUGGCGUACGUACAUGAGGCUUGCUAGCACGCCUGGUGCAGCAAUGUACGGACGCCCCAUGGUUUAUGUGCAGUUCGACGACGAUGAUGAGGCUAGGUGCAGUAUGGAUCUUGGCUCCAUGCAGUUAGCUAUUGCUGGUACUGAGAUGGAGGGAAUUUCUAUUGAUGAAGGUCCACUUCUCCCAACUCCAGAUGCUGGUCCAUAUUGGUCCAUGGUCGUUGAUUUGAAUGAUCACAUGGAUGGACUGCCUGAUGAGCUAGAUUCUGGUGAUGAGGCAAUUGAUUCCUCAUCAGAUGAGAGCGAUGAAGAUGUAGAAGAUGGUUCGUCUCACAGGGCAGAGGUGCCACCAAUGGAUGUUGAGGCUGUCUGGGCUCUUGCAAUCCGGGCAGAGGAUACGUCUCUGUGUGGCUUCGGUUCGGAAGUUCUUGAGGUUGGGCAACAUUUUCCCGACAAGAAAGCAGCCAAACAUGCAAUCCAGGGGUAUGGCAUCACUAUAGGCCGGGAGUACAGAGUGUUGAGGUCCAAUUCAAAAAUAUUCAAGGUAUCAUGCAUCCACAAGGAGUCAGGUUGCCCUGCAAGAAUUGUUGCUCGACAACCGUGGGGGAUUAUGAUGCCAUUCGUUGUGACGAAGAUGGUACCACACACAUGUGAGCAAUCUGGUGUGCUGCCACACCACCGCAACGUCACUGCAUCAUAUGUGGUUGAAGCCAUCUCUUCCACCGUCGUUGACAAGAUUGGGGUCAGCGUUAAGUCAUUGAUGAAGGCUGCUGCCGAUCGCAUUGGCUACCCAGUGAGCUACAGUAAGGCCAAGCGUGCUAAGGAGGAGAUACUGACGAGGAUGUUUGGCACUUAUGAGGAUGCCUAUAACUAUGUCCACAUAAUGCUUCAUCAGAUUUGUGAAACUAACCCGGGGACAUACAUAUACAGGCAAGAGCAUCCAGUGCCAAAUGGACCGGAGGGUCAUUACAUCCUUGAUCGUGUAUUUUGGGCAUUCAGCCAGACUAUUCAGGCUUUCUCGUAUUGUCGACCGGUGUUAUCUAUUGAUGGUACCUUCCUCACUGGAAAGUACACUGGUACUCUGUUGGUGGCGGUUGCAGCGGAUGCGAAUGACCAGCUCCUACCUACUGCAUAUGCCAUCGUCGAGAACGAGAGCACAGAAAGUUGUUUGUGGUUCUUGAAAUGCUUGAAAGAUGAUGUUGUCAGAGACAGGGCCGGAAUUUGCAUCAUUUCUGAUCGCAAUGCGGGGCUGCUGAGCGCACUUCACCAGAUGAAGUACUCGGUGCCACUGGAGCAUAGGUGGCCUGAUAUUACAACCAGAUGGUGCAUGCGGCAUUUGGCCGCAAAUUUUUACUCCCGAUUCAAGAACAAGGAUUAUAUGAAGAUUUUCAAGAAGAUGUGCAUGCAAAACCAAACGCGUAAGUUUGAUGCCAUCUUUGCAGCAUUGAACGCAGAGAUGACCCGCAAUGGUGGUGAUGCACCUCCAGAAGGGCAAGGUGAGGGGGGCCAGAGGAGGGCCAGGAAUCUAGCUGAGUGGGUGAACCAGAGUUGCCCGCGUUUGGAAAAGGGGGCCCAGGCUCACGACACGGGUGCUCGCUUUGGCAUAAUGACAACCAACUUUUCAGAAGUGUACAAUGGUGUCCUCAAAGGUGUGCGUGGUCUUCCAAUAACUGCCUUGGUUAGUGAAACAUGGAACAUGACUGUUGCUUAUUUUGCCGACAGGGUUCAAGUAUCGAGGGAACGCAUGUUGCAGAACAAGCAAUGGUCUGAAAAGAUGCAGAGACACUUGGACUGGAAAUCAAAGGCCGCAAGGAGCCAUAGUGGUACCAUGGUCGACAGGCUUAGAAAAAGGUGGCUUGUCCGCACGCGGUCGCAUUUCGUGAGAGGGCACCUCAGAGGUAACACGCAGCAUAAGGUCACCCUCCAUGCAACGACAUGUGAGUGCACUUGCAACAAGCCUAAGCUACUCCACUACCCUUGCAGCCAUGUGCACCGGGCGGUUGCGGACCAUCAGAUUGCCGUCGAACCAUACAUCUCUGAAUAUUUUAGUAUGUAUAAUCUUAUGCACACAUGGGAUGGUGAGUUCUGGGCAUGGAGCAUACAAUGUAAUUACAAGGAUGUAUGGCCUGGAGGUCCUAUAUGGCUUCCUGAUCCGGCUACGAAGUGCCAGAAGUGGGGACGUCGUCCGACUCGUCGCUGGAGGAACGAUAUGGACAGGAGCCAGCUUGGAGAAGGACGCACGUGCCGCACAUGCAGGGUACCUGGACAUAUGUAGAGGAAUUGCCCAUUCAG